AUGGAGUCGAAGUAUGACAUUAAGAUAUCAUACAUGAAGGCAUGGGAUGCACGUAGAAAAGCUAUUGAAGCCACUUUUGGUAGCUACGAGCAAUCUUAUUACUCGCUUUUUUGUUUUAUGGAAGCCUUAAGGUUAUCCCAACCAGGCACUGUAUAUAAUAUUCAUGUCGUACCUACUGCACGCUUUAAGUCACUUUUUUGGGCAUUCGGUCCUUCUAUAUAUGGGUGGCAACACUGUAGACCGGUGCUGAGUAUGGAUGGGACAUUCUUGCUUGGGAAGUAUCGAGGGACCCUCUUAGCAGCAGUAGGCAUUGAUGGAAAUGGCGGAUUGUUUCCACUAGCUUUUGCAGUUGUAGAAUCGGAGAGCAAUGAAUCGUGGAUUUGGUUCCUACAAAAGAUACAACAUCUUUUACCAGUGGUUGCUAAUCGACAGAAGUUGUGUAUAGUUUCUGAUAAGCACCUAGGGUUAGUGCGCGGGUGCAGGGAAGUAUUUCCUAAUGCUGUUCAUAGGCAUUGCCUUCGUCACUUACGCGAAAAUUUUAAAAAAAUGGUCCGUCGUUUGGGAACUCCAGAUAGUGAGGGCCUGAGUAACAAAAUGUAUUUUGCCGGAAAUACUGAUGAUUACGCAUAUUUCAAUCGAAUGAUGGAUGAAAUUAAAAUGACAAAGCAGGAGGCAUUCGAUUGGUUGGUCCAACGCGAUGUUGCCAAAUGGACCCUAUUAUUUGAUGAAGGCUGUCGUUAUGGUAUAAUGACCACAAACGCAUCUGAAUGUUUUAACGGGGUGCUUAAACGAGCUUGA